AAGCGAGGUGAGCGACUUCUUUUCUAAUAUGUUUCGAGAUGAAACUAGAUAUGGUGUGAUUCUUCCCUGUCAAAUUUAUUCGAAGUUUAGUAUGAUGGCAAAGGCCUUCGACUCGCAUGAUACAUAAAAUACAUGCAGUGUUUACAUUUUGUAGCUGGGUGCAGCUGAUGUACACUGUAUCCGACUAUAUUUGAUAUUACUACAAGAUGGGACGACUUUGCAGGCACAUGGUUUGAAUCGAGUGUUAAAUUUUUAGAUUCCUGAUUUCCAUCAUGAGCUUAAUUCAAGUCUUUUAAUACAAUCGGACGUAAAUUAUUCUGUUGCUACAUUUCCAAAGCAAUUCGCCAAUCAAAAUAUAUUUUAAGCCGCCAAAGAUUCUACUUCUGUGCAUUUACAAUUUGGCUAUAUUUUUUGCACUUUGUUUGCAUUUUUAUUCUUCUCAGAGUCAUCUUGUGAACAAACUUCUACUAUUUCAUUUGAUUUAAUAAUAACGCUGUUCCAGAGGAUUGAACCGAAUGUCCUGACCUUAGGGGAUUAGUCCAAUACUCAGUUGAUAUUUCAGUUGACUUUCAAGAUCUGAAUAUUAAUUCUUCCCUCCAUGCAGCUACUAAUUCGUUUGCAAGAAUUAGGUGGUAGAUUUAGAAAACAACUUCUACCCGAUAAUUUUGAGUAUAUUGUCAUUACCUGUUUGCUGGCUGUUGUGUAGAUUAUUACUGGGCCAGAGAGGUUAAAUUUAAUUAUGCCUGGGAGUACAGCUAUGUCAGGGAGUACAAUACCUUUACGCUUCACUGGCCUUCCUUCAAUUGUUCCACAAGGAUCCUCAUCUGCUGAGGCAUGUGGACCCCAGCUUUCUCCAGUCACAUUAAGUGCUGUGCAGCCAGCAGCUAAGACCUCUAUCGCUGAGCUGAUGGAGCUCACCAUGAAAAUGGGGCUGGUGUGUAACUUUGAGACUGUUGCAAAUACAGGACCAAGCCAUAAGAGACUGUUUGUGAUGCACUGUACUGUAGGAGAUAUUACAGCUGAGGGAUCAGGGUGUGGGAAAAAGAAGGCCAAGCAUGAGGCAGCCAGGAUGGCAUUGAAUAAGCUUAAAGAAUCUCAACUUUAUGUUGAAUAUGUUAAUCAAUGGACAACAACAUCUGGUCUUGCUCCACAUAAUAACCCGAUAAGUCAUCUGCAAGAGGUAGUUGUUAAAAAUGGAAUGCAAAAACCAGAAUUUGAGGUAUCUAAUGGAGAUGGUCCCCCUCACCAAAGGACUUUUGAGACAACAGUAACAGUGGGAAACUUGUUAUGUACUGGUAAAGGCAGAUCUAAAAAGGAAUCCAAGCGCAAAGCUGCAGAAGCUAUGCUGAACACAAUUAACAAAACUAAUCUAUCAUUGGAACCACCACGAAAGAGGAUGGCAUUUGUUCCUGCCCGCAGUGCUCCUCUAGCUCCUAUUUCAUUUUUACCAGCGGGCACCUUAUAAGGGAGCUUGUGAUCUUUCUGUGCAGGACAGUGUAAUCAGGAUGGCAUUUGUUCCUGCCCGCAGUGCUCCCCUACCUCCUAUUUCAUUUUUACCAGCGGGAACCUUGUAAGGGAGCUUGUGAUCUUUCUGUGCAAGACAGUGUAAUCAGGAUGGAAUUUGUUCCUGCCAGCAGUGCUCCCCUAGCUCCUAUUUCAUUUUUACCAGCGGGCACCUUAUAAGGGAGCUUGUGAUCUUUCUGUGCAGGAAAGUGUAAUCAGGAGCUUUUACUGACAGGUUUAUUUAAUACCUCUGACAGUAACUGGGAAAGCAGAUCUCUUUGGAAGUAUUAUGGCAGUUUUGAUCUGCAAAGCCCUAACAGUUAGCUACAAACUAGCAAAAGCAAUGCCAAGGAGAAAAUGAGAACUGACGUGUUGGAAUGGGUAGUUUUAGUUUUAUCUACCUACAACAAAGAACAAAAAUUCCAUAUAGGCUGAAGAGUCACACACAUCAGUCAUUGUUGUUAUUUUAAAAAAGAGUGAGAUUUAUAUUCAUCAUUGUGAACCUUCACAAUAACAAUCUCUUGUGUCAGGAUUUAGUCAUGGAUUGAACUGCAAUGAAUGCAUUCUUCCAGUCUUCUGUAAACAAUGAUUCAUUCAUUAACCAAAAGACUAACUGUUUUACCCCA